CUCGAUUUUUUCUUCUGUUCUUUUUUUUUAUUCCUGCAACCGUCGUGCUUAAACCCUUGCCGGAAUGGAGCCGCCGACGAAAGGAACAGUGACGCCAAUAGCAUCGUUGUUCUCAGAAGAGGAGGCACGGAAAGCAGCAAUUUACGUGGAGGAGAAAAUCGGAGAGAAGCGAGAAGCGAUGAAUCGUCUUCAACAAUUCGUCGAUGAAAACGCCAAUCUCAUCAAUCUCGUCGCGAAGCUCCCCGAUCAGCUCCAUCACAACGUUAUGGUUCCAUUAGGUAAAUUGGCAUUUUUCCCAGGUCGAUUGAUCCACACCAACGAGUUUAAGGUGUUGCUGGGAGAGAAUUAUUAUGCUGAUAGAACAUCGAAACAAACCAUUGGCGUUCUGAGUAGAAGAGACAAGACUUUACAGUCUCAAAUUCGUUCUCUGAAAGCUGAAAUUGAAGAUUUUCAAACGGAGGCUUCAUUCUUCACUGCGACUGCUUCAGAAGCAGCGGAAGGACUUAUUGAGAUAAGAGAAGACUAUGUAGAAGAAGAUUCUUCUCCUACUGUGCUUCAGUCAGGUGCAAAAGAGCCUUCUGAUCUUCCAGGAGGAGAGACUGCAGUCGGUGAAGUUGAAGACGAUGAAUUUGCACGAAUCAUGUCCAGGUUGAAUGAACUUGAAAUGGAAGAGGAGCAGGAGGGUGAAGAUGGGGACGAUAGAGAUGAAAAACAUGAUUCUCCAAUAGAAAUCGAGGAGGAGAGCGAGCACGAUAUGGUAAAAGGAAUUAGAGGUGAGACAGACCACAAUAAGUUCAUGGAACAAGAAACUGGCGUAUCUGUUCCUAAGAAAGCCUCGGGCCAUAGCUCUUCCAUUCGCGAACCGAGAUAUUCAGAGCCAAGAAGCAAAGGCAAAGUUAUUGAAGUGUUACCUGAGAAACAGCCAUACAAAGACAUAGAUGAUCUAUUGAAUCAGUGUAUCGGACCAAAGACACAAUAUCUCCCCAAAGAAGAUCAAACACGUGGCGGAAUUCCCCAGCAAAACGCUGGAACAUGGAGAGACUUUCAAGCGACCUCCGCUGUUUCCAGAGCAAAGCCAAAGACCAAUGUUGUAGGUCAACAAAAGAUUGAGUCACCUAUACAGAAACCGGAGCCAAAGUCUGAGACUAACAAGGCUUUUACUGGAUUGAUCGUAGAGCAUGACCAUAAUCUACAAACCAACACACACCGCCAAAUGCAGUCUUCAGGGUCUCAACCAUCAAAACCAGUUUCAAGAUUCAUGGCACAGAGAAGGUAGCCAGUCAGCUCUAUGUACAAUUUUGUUGGUUUCCUUCUGAUAUGUAAGAAGUAAGAACAAAUGUGUGCAUCUUGUAAG